CUCGUUGUGUUUUUAAUGCCCCUGGGUAUCAUUAUGCCCUGUCUCUGCCCUCUCUACAGUGUAUAUAAGGCUUGGAGCAUCACAUCGAGGCACCAUACCUGACAAGCUGCACUGCAACCAACAUGAAGCUGAGCCUCGUCCUCGCCCUGCUUGCUGCGACCGCCCUGGCCGCCCCCGACGCCCGCCCCGUCGUCGUCUCCUCCUCCGUCUGGCCGCCCACAGCCCCGCGCCCGCACCACGCCCACGCGCCCUACACCCCGAACCUGACCUACGAAGCCUCUUCCUCUUACGCCUCGGUUCCCUCCAGCUUCGUCUCAGCUGCGGGGGCAACAGCUGGCUCCUCCUCCGUCGCCGCGCCGCCCCCGAAGCGCCCUGUGCCGGUCCUCGCUCUGGCGCCGGUGAAGAGGCCGAAGCCGUACUACGUCCCCGCUCGCUCUACUCCUACCGUCCCGGCGAAGAAGACCCACGACUACGGGUGGGCGGUGGGCGCGGGCGGCAGCAGCUACGGCCACCGGGAGUCCACCGACGGCUACACGACCGAGGGCUCCUACUUCGUCGACCUCCCCGACGGGCGGCGCCAGAAGGUCACCUACUACGUCAGCGGCGACUCGGGCUACGUGGCCGAGGUCAGCUACGAGGGGCUGCCGCGCUACCCCGCCCACAGACCCGCCUACUACAAGCCCGUCGCGGCGUACGAGCCAGCCGCCCACGCCCACGUUCACGCCCCCGAGUACCUGGUUUCCUCCGCCCAUCUCCCGAGUCCCUUCUACGGCUGA